CUGAUGGCGAUUGCGGUUCUUGCACCUGAAGCCAUUGUUGCAUGGGCUGUGAUGCAGCUCAUGGUGGAUGGAAAGUACACUGCCUCAAUAAUGCUGCAGGAGGACCCAGAUCCACCAAAGCUGUCCAUGACUCAUGGGUUUUUCCUCAGCAUGGGUGGUUUUUAUGACGCUGAUACAGAAACACUUCUUGAUCUUGAUUCUUUUGCAACGAACGAGAGAUUGAUAGAUGAAUUACAGAAGGUCGAUGUAAUUUCAAUCCGUGACAAGAGUAAAGGUGAUGCAUUCUCAAAAGCAAUAUCCAUCCUUCAAAUAUCCUGGUUUGUUUUGCAAUGCAUCCCCCGAAUCCACCAGGAUCUUCCUAUCACACUCCUAGAAGUCACCGCACUCGCAUUCGCAGUACUCAGCAUCAUUACCUCUCUCCUAUGGUGGCAUAAACCGCUCGAUGUG